AUGGAAUUUAAGAAAGAAAAGCCUAAAGCAACAUCACAAAGAUUUAAAAAGAUUACUUAAAAGCUUGGAAUCUAAUCGUUAAAUAAAGAAGAAAGAUUUGAUGAAGGAAUGAAAGAUUUUCAUAAUUUAGAUACAUUUUUCACAGUCACUGAUUUACUGAAAGAUAUGAAUAAGGAUCAGCCAACUCCAGAGAGAUAAGCUUUAUUUGAAAGUUAAUAAACUUUAAUUAAAACAAAACUAAAACUUAAAAAAUGGAAAUCAGAAUACCCUGAUUAUUUGAAGUUUGAAGUAAAACCUCCUUAAACUUAAUAUCGAAAUAAGGUUGCUCUAUUAUAAAAAGCAUAAACUCAUUUGAAUUUGUAAAAAUACGAACCUUAACUUUAUAAAGAGGUUGAGAAUUUAUCAUGUUUGUUAAAAGAUAAAUUUAAAAAUGUUGAUAUGAAGGAAUAUCCACAACUUUAAUUAUUUUAGGAAAUCAGUCAAUUUGAAGAUUUAAGAAUAAGAACAGAAUUUAAUGAAAGUUUGAGAGAUAGUUAUCGUAAAGAUAGACUUUCUUUAAAAUUGGAAUAAUUUGAAUAAAAACCUACUGUCUCAUAUGAUACAUAUUAUAAGAAUUAUCAUAAUUAAGCUGAAUAAUUAAGAAAUCGACUAAAAUAAUAAUAAAUGAAUUUUUUUAAUUAAAAAUGGGGAAAUUCAGUAGUAAAAAUGAAAAUGAAAGAAGCUUAAGAUAAAAGAGGAUUCAUAGAAAAAGCAAAAUAAGUCAGAAGAUAAGCAGUUACUAAAAAAGUUGCAUUACCAUAUCUAGCCCCUAUUAUUAAAAAUAUUAUAACUGAUAUAUGUAUGGAAGAAGCUGAAAUGAUGGAAUAAAAAAGAAAUUUAAAAAAUGAAAUUCAAGAAUUAGCAAAGGUUUGUUCUGAUUUUUAUGAUCCUAAACCAGAACCAUAAAUUAUGGGAUUAAGAAUAAUUAAUUCUUGA